CAUGAACGUGGGAUAAGCUGCAGAAGUAAUUGUCACUUAGCAGGUUGUUUCCUCUUAUCAGACGAUGGCAAUGCCGGGUUUCCUGCAUCUAUCAUAAUUGAUUGUCCCCCGGUUGCUGCCACCAACUCACUCAGUGGUUGAAGUAGGUGAAUUCUUGGCGAGAGCAAAUACUUAUUAAGUCGCCACCACCAUUCUUUCCAUUUAGUAGUCCUUUAGAUUUUUUUAAGUACCUACCUACUUACUGACUCGUCAUUACUCGAGUGAUACUCAUACUAUUCGCUCUUACACUUGAUAACAUUUAUUGGCAUCAUAAAAGAAAGAAUCGGCCCAAGAUGUCUUCAUUCACGAGCUUGGUGCUCACCAACUGGCAAGAGCUCGAAUUGCUCUGUGCACCAUCAUCACAACAAGAACAGGCGGUGAUCCCAGUGACCAGCCGCAACCUAACCGUUGCGCAGGUUGUGGCCGUCUCGCGAAGACCCUUGUCGUCGCGGGUGCGCUUGACGAACGAAGCACUGGACCUCAUUGCUAAGUGCAGCAACAUUGUCACCCAGCGGCUGGCCGAGGGCAGCGUCAUCUACGGUGUGAACACAGGGUUUGGCGGUAGUGCAGACACGCGCACCAAGGAUGUGAUCGAUCUGCAGCAGAGCAUUUACUCGCACCUCAUGUUUGGGAUCCUGGCGGGUACGAGGGCUGGAAAAGACCAGAAUUCUGUUGCGGAUCUGAACACGUUGGCGCUCAAUGAUGAAGUGGCAGCUACUUGGAUGCCGGAGUCGUGGGCAAGAGCUUCGAUGCUAGUCCGCCUCAACUCCCUUGCAGGUGGCGACUCAGGCAUCCGCAUCUGCGUCGCUGAAAACCUCGUGCAACUCCUCAACAAAGACAUCGUCCCACGCAUCCCCCUCCACGGCAGCAUCUCCGCCUCGGGCGACCUCAGCCCACUAAGCUACGUCGGCGCCGUCAUGCAGGGUAAACCCAACGCGACCGCGUUCGCCGGCGACCGCCGCAUUCCCGGCGCACGUAGAGUGGUCCGCGCCGACGUGGCUCUCGCCCAGGCCGGUAUAAAACCCACCGACGUCCGCGCCAAAGAAGGCCUCGCCAUCGUCAACGGCACAGCUGUCUCGGCGGGCGUCGCCGCUAUCGCCCUCCACGAGUCGAUCAAUCUAGCCGCCCUGGCACAAGUACUAACAGCCAUGAGCGUAGAAGCUCUCCUCGGCACCGACGAGAGCUUCGACCCCUUCAUCGCCCAGGUACGCCCACACCCGGGCCAGGUCGAUUCCGCGCGGAACAUCUUCGCCUUCCUGGCUGGCUCGCAGCUUGUCACGCGCAAUGAUAAUGUCCGCGCUGCCGCUGGCGAGCUGAGACAGGACCGAUAUUCUAUUCGGACCGCGAGUCAAUGGAUCGGCCCCGUGCUCGAGGAUUUCAUGUUGGCGCAUGCGCAGAUUUUGUGCGAGCUCAAUUCGGUGACGGAUAAUCCCCUGAUUGAUGCGUCUCGUGGCCGUAUUUUUCAUGGGGGAAACUUUCAGGCUAAGGCGAUUACAUCUGCGGUGGAGAAAUUGCGUCAGGGGUUGCAGAGUUUGGGGAGGAUGUUGUUUAGUCAGGUGACGGAACUCAUCAACCCGGUCACGAAUCGCGAUUUACCGCCCAACCUUGUAGCUGACGACCCUUCGUGCUCGUACUUAUUCAAGGGCGUCGACGUGGGAAUGGCAGCGCUGGCGUCCGAGUUGGGAUUCCUGGCGAAUCCUGUCGGGACCCAUGUCCUAGCAGCCGAGAUGGGGAACCAGAGCAUCAAUUCGCUCGCCUUAGUAUCUUCGAGAUAUACCAUGGAUUCCGUGGCGGUACUGUCGCAGCUGAUAGCUUUUCACAUCCUGGCGGUGUGUCAGGCGCUGGAUUUACGCACGAGAGCACUGAGUCCUGAAGGGAAACAGUCGGUCGAAGGCACGGCGGCUAAUCUGGGCAGCGCGAGCAAGCGCGUCUACGAGUUUGUGAGGAAGGAGUUGUGCGUGCCGUUCUUGACCGAGGCGGUGGUUGGGGGCGCGCAUGCGGCGAGGCAGAAAGAGGAGUCGGUGGGGACGUUUAACACGGCUGUCUAUGAGGCUAUCAGAUCGGGAAGGCUGUAUAGGGUGGUUAUCCAGUGCUUUGAGGAUGUUGCGACGGCUUCUCCACCGGGUUCGCAGGAAAGCAGGAAGGCUAAGUUGUGAAGGGUGGUUUGAUGGAGGGAGAAAAUAACACAGGGGCAUAUUACUUGAUGCAUGGUAGACAGUAGCACC